AUGGUUGAAAACCAAAUAACCUUGUAUGCGUGUUUGUGGUCUAAAAAAGGUGACUGCUCUCUUCAUUUCGGUCGAAACCCAUUCCCAGCUCUGGUAGUGAAGAUGUUGUUAUCGUUAACGAAAGAAGAGAAGGCGAUCGACCCGACUCUUGGAUAUCCCACCGGCUAUGCAAAGCUCUGUCGCUAUGCGUUAGCCCAGCCACAGGGAGCUUUGACGCCAUUCGCGGAGGGGCCUCCUCAAUGUUUUGUGCCUUACUCCCCUACUUCAGAAGAACUGCAACUGCUGAAAGAGUGGGAUGCGAUUUUUCCUCUCAUACCUGGUAUUGACAAAGAGGCGCCCAAUGCUCAUGAAUUUGCUGAAGAGCUCUGGGAGCAGCUUGAUCACCUCGGGAAUGCGGGGUUUGAUCCAGCGAAGUUUAGGGUGGACGCAUAUGGCAAUGUUCUGUACUGGAGUGCCGAUCCGUCCUCGCCUCUGUCCUGGGAGGUCGAUCACUGGUUCCCACAUUCACGAGGUGGUCUUACAGCACCGAGUAAUCUGCAGAUAGUACAAUGGCAGGCCCGUCAACGAAAAAAGAAUAGGCUAGAGUUCCUGGUGCCCUGGUGGGACCUACAGCAUGGAGUAUCAAUCAACCAGUUCUUGUCCACAUUCGCUUCCAAAAACGCUGAAUUCAGACGACGGUACUUUGCACUAUUUUUCGCCGGCGGAGAGGAUGAGAAAAUCGUUCGACAUCAUGUGGGUGACUGUGGACCAUGGCCUCCCCAGCAUCGAGGGAAGAGGUCCACUUGUGGUUUGGCAGGCGCUGCCAUAGUGCCCGUGCGCAAAGAAAAACAAGUAGCUUCUAUGACCUCAAGUUCUACUCCGUCUGCAACAAUAGCUAAGCUGGAGGGGUCACUGACUGAGUCGUUGAACCGACAGCAACGGAGCCUUGAGGAAGUGGAUGAAUUGAAGAGAGGCGUUCAAAAUCAUGAACCAGGCAGUCGGAAGGAGAUCAAGGAACACGAACCUGUGCUUGUUAACCACACAACGGCUCAUAUCAAGGAGAAGUAUCGAGUUGUGAGGGACUUUGGGAAGGAGAAUAAUACGAGUGAUACUGUUUCCAGUGGUUGGAAUGACUACGACAGGCAGUCAGUUGUCUCAAAUACCAUGCAAAAGGAAUUGCGUCUCAAGAAAAUAAGGGAAGAAGGCAAGAGAGAGAAAGAAAAAGAGGUUUCACAGCUUGAAGAGACGGUUCGAGCACUGAAAGCACAGAAUGAGAAGGAGAGAAUAGCUAUUUUAGAGCUGGAGGGCAACUUGUCGAAGCACAAGCAAAAAGUAGAAAAGCAGAGGCGAUGGGCUGAGACCCAGUCUUCAUAUCGGUUGUGCCUGGAGCGCAUGAUUCGGGAUACCAUGCAUCAGAGUAUUUCCUACAAAGAGCAGGCUCGACUCAAUCAAGCUGCAUGCAAUGCUCUUAUGGCACGUCUGGACUGCCAGAAGAUGACAUGCGAGGUUGCUGAGAAAGACCUCCUGCAGCGGUAUUCUCAGCGGGAGGCGUUAGCAGCUUUGGUCAAGCCGGAAACCAGUGGAUCCAGCCCAAACAAACCACUGAGGGGACGGGACAUUGUUGACGUAAGCAGCUGCUUGUCGCUGGUCACCACGAAUGAUGGACAGAUCGUGACUCCGGAAAAAGGUCUGCUCCAGGAGGAUGUCUCAGAACUGCAUUCUGAGGACGAGAUCGAGGAAGAAGACUCUCUCAGUCUGCGAACACGGAACGGAUUCUCUUUUCAAUCAUCGCGUUCUGACAACGAUGCUCUGCUCCAACGAAGCUCAUCCACAGGCAAAGGAAAAGAGAAACUUCCGAGAGAAGGAGCAAAGAGGAAGGCAAUCUCGUUAGGAGUCGCACAUAUUCAACCCACAAAACAAGCGGUGGUCCAUCGUCGGCAUUUUGGACAAGUGCUUGAGAGCAACCAUCAGACUCCAAUGAAAAUUGAGGAUGGGAAAGAAGAUGAAUCUAUGCAACAUAAUUCACGAAAUGAACCUGUUACGGCCAAGCAGUCGUCUAUACAUGAGCAUGAUAUUGUAACACAUCAUAAACAAGAUAAUGUCAUUCAUAGCAAUGAAAAAAGCAGCACCAGGGUGCUAGCUUGUCAGAAUAGUUUACCUCCCGUGAUUCUCACGACCACUGUGAAAACUGUACCCGAUUGCGAGCCUUCCAUCUAUGUGCAAGAAAUUAUUGAAGUUGAAGCACCUCCUUUGGAUAACGAUAGCAAAAGAGGCAUGGAUGAAUUGAUGCAAGAGGUCAUCGUCACGCACGAGGACAAGAUUAAGAACGCUGAGGGUGCAACUUUUGAACACUCCAAUUCAGACGAUGAAAGAAUCAAGGAAAUCGGGAAGUCCAACAUUGACAAAUGGUUACAUGUGUUGCUAAACGAGGAGUUCCCGCGAAUCAGUACAGACAGCCCAAACAAUGGCCAGCCUCCCCUUUCACCAGCUUUAUCAGCUCUAAGCAUGGCUGCUCUACGAGGAAGCGUAGAGCUGGAACAAGGCAAAGACUUCGAUGAAUUUCUCAAAAAGGAGUGUGCAGAGGGGCUCAAAGGACGCUUGAGUGGAAUCAUGCGCAAAUUGAGUGUCAGGCAAAGUGAUGAGGAGAGUGUCAUUGACCUUUCCGGGCGAACAGAAAACAGGCACGACCUGAGAAACACAUUGAAAUUCUUCGAAGAUUUUACACUGAAAGAGUGUGCUCUGCAUGGACAGCAUCAAUCACAGCCAGCGUGUCGCAUGAGCUCAUCCAUUCCUGAGUCCGUCAGAAACUGGCCAGAAGGUGGAAUCAAACCAAAAGGGGGAGCAGAUUGGUUGAGAGAUUCUGCUUCAACAAAAAUGAAGUCUUCGAACAGUAAGUCAGUGAAGGAAGAGCCCAUUUCAAGUGUUUUUCUCACCUUGCACAAGAAGUCAGCUUCUGAGGAUAUCGAAGGUGCAGACUGGGAGAUAUUCAGCGGCGGUAACUCAGAGGGGCUUGCAGAACCCAAAGACGGAUCACAUCACAGACAUGGCCUUCGAGCAACUUUGAAAGCCUGCUCUCUGAAGUGGAGAAAGUCUGUAAAAAGGUUGGACAAGUCUUUACAAGAUGGCUCCAUUCCUCUGCAGGAUUGUUGACAUGGGGACCGAAACUUCUCAUUCUUUGCUGAGCCAACGUCAUUGACAUGAUAGUCUUCGAGGAAAGCUGAUGCUCUUACGCUUUCCUCCUCCGCAUCGACUCCUUGCUGAUCAUCUUCUGCCGAAGUCUUGUAUUAUUAUUACUUUUAUUAUUCUGAUUCUUAGCAAGCCCCUUCCUUCAUUGCAUAUAUCUGAUUGUAGAAUAUGAAUUUCAGGUCUCACAUUCCAGUGAACCUCGCAUUUUAGAAUUAGAUCUCCAGAAUUUACAUUCUUUAGCUUCUAAGCAGAAAUAGAAAAAGAAAAAAAACGAAGUUUGUGUGAGUUACUUGAUCCCAUCUUUGUAUACUGCAAUAUGGGGAUGUUACCUUCAUCAACCGCAUUAUGUUGUUCAA